AUGUCUCUGAACAAGACGAUCACUCUCAACGACGGCAACAAGAUCCCCCAGAUUGGCCUGGGCACCUGGCUCUCCGAGCCCGGCCAGGUUGAGGCGGCGGUUGAGCACGCUGUCAAGUCGGGCUACCGUCACCUGGACCUUGCCAAGAUCUACCAGAACCAGCACGAGGUCGGUGCCGCGCUGAAGAAGGUGAUUCCCUCGGUUGUGAAGCGCGAGGAGCUCUUCAUCACCUCGAAGCUGUGGAACAUCUCGCACAAGCCCGAGGCCGUUGAGCCUGCGCUGGACGACACGCUCAAGGAGCUCGGUCUCGAGUACCUUGACCUCUACCUGAUCCACUGGCCUGUUGCCCUGGACGGUGGCCCCUCGGGUGAGCUCGUUCCCCAGGAGAAUGGCAAAAUCAAGCUGGACCUCCAGACUUCGCUGGUCGAGACCUGGAAGGCCGUGGUCGACCUCAAGAAGACCGGCAAGGUCAAGUCGGUUGGCGUCUCCAACUUUAGCCCCAAGCACAUUGAUGCCAUCACCAAGGCCACGGGUGUGAAGCCGGCGGUGAACCAGAUCGAGGCGCACCCGCUCCUGCCCCAGGACGACCUCGUGAAGUACCACGCCGACAACGAUAUCCACAUCACUGCCUACUCGCCCCUCGGCAACAACCUCGCGGGCAAGACCAAGAUUGUCGACUACCCCGAGGUGGCCGAGGUGGCAAAGAAGCGCAACGCCGACCCCGCGCAGGUGCUCGUCGCCUGGGGUGUGCACCGUGGCUACUCGGUCAUUCCCAAGAGUGUCACUGCCACACGCAUUGUGAGCAACUUUAACCAGAUUGAGCUCUCGGACGACGACUACAAGGCGGUCUCGCACAUUAUCAAGACCGCCGGCGGUCACCAACGCUUCAACACCCCCAUCACCUACACACCCACGUGGGACAUCAACGUCUUUGACGAGGAGGUCGAGAAGAAGGCCACGCACCAGAUUAAGAUCGAGUAA